AUGUGGAAAGCGGAUUAUUUUGAUUGACUGUUGCGUAAGAAAGGUCAUUUUUCACCUAUAAUUACUAAUGAAAAAGGAGCAAGGGGAAGUUUGAUGCAACAUGGCAGCGGAUAUUUUUCAGUGCAAAAACAUAAACAUCAUAGUUUAUGUUCUAGUAGCCCUGUUUGGUAUUGGAUCCUGGGUAGAUAUAAAUGGAUUAUGGGUAGAACUUCCUGUGAUGGUGCCACACCUCCCAGAGGGAUGGAAAUUACCAUCCUAUUUGUCUGUCAUUAUACAAAUGGCUAACAUUGGACCACUCUUGGUAACUGCAAUGUAUGUGUUUUGUAAAAGUUACAUGAAAGAACGAGUUGCAGUUUAUGCUGUCUUAGGCAUCGGAGCAACCUCAUGUUUACUGUUAUCGUUUUUCUGGCAGGAAACAACAUACAUCGCUGGAGGUUUUCACAGCACAGCUUUAUUAGUUCUCCAGUUUUUCCUAGCACUAACAGACUGUACGACAUCUGUUCUAUUUUUACCUUUCAUGGCCACAUUUAAAGCAGAAUAUAUGACCGGUUAUUUUAUUGGUGAAGGACUGAGUGGACUUGUACCAAGUAUUGUAGCUCUUACUCAAGGAGUUGGUCAACUUACGUGUAAAAAUAUAUCUAGCUUGAAUUCCACAACAAAUGUGACGAGUUAUAGCAUACAACCUAUUUAUCAUAGCAUUCGUUUUAGUGUAGAAGAAUUCUUUUAUUUUCUGUGUGCAAUGUUAGUCAUUUCCAUCGUGUCAUUCACUAUUUUGAAUUACACAUCAUACUGUAAGAAGGAGAAAGUCAAACAUCAAGAUGACUAUGAAGAAGUUGAGUCGAGCACUGAUAAUCAAAUGAUGAGUAGUUACGAACUGAACCCAGAUCAAGCUUUUAGUAUAUCAGCACAAAAUUUUGAAAAUAAUUCAAAUGAAUUUAUAAAUCCUUCUGCAUUAAGUUCAAGAAAUCAGCUCAUGAAGAAGAACAAACAACUUGAUAUUGAUUCAAAAUCAGUAGAUAUAAUUCAAUUCCGUGAAAUAUUGUCAACAAAGCUCUUUAUAUAUUAUCUAGUCUUAACUGCAUGGGUAAACUGUCUUUCAAAUGGAGCACUGCCGUCCCUACAGACUUACUCAACCUUGCCUUUUGGGAAUGAUGCUUAUCAUUUGUCUGCCACUUUGGCAAAUAUAGCCAAUCCUCUUGCCUGUAUGGUGGCAUUUUUCAUUACAGUAAAAUCAAGCAUUGUGAUCUCAGUUUUAACAUUCCUAGGAACUGCCAUAGCUGGUUACAUUAUAUCUUUAGCUGUAGAGAGUCCUAAUCCAGUCCUGUAUAAUACUACAGCAGGCUCUGUGAUAGUGAUUGCUGCCUGGAUAUUGGUUGUGUUCAUAUUAACCUUUAUCAAAGUUUCCAUUGCUGGAAUCUUCAGAGAAGAAGGUAAAAAAGCUCUAUUAUGGAUUGGUGGCAUAUCUCAAGUUGGUUCAGCUAUAGGAGCAAUAGUAACAUUUGUAUUGGUUAAUGUGUAUGAGAUGUUUGAAAGUGCUCCUACAUGUCCAUCAUAAUUAUACAUCAUGUACAUGUUGUAUUUUUCAUUGUGUAAAUAAAUAUCUGUUUUGUUUAAACAAUGCUAAAAGGUGUAUGUUUUUUUUUUACAAUGAAAAUUAAUUUACUAGUCUAACAUGUCUAAGGUGUAUGGGUUAUCUAUUUUUCAAUGAUCUCAUCUUUUUAAAAAUAAGAAAAAAUGCUAUGAAUAUGGGAUUGUUCUUUUUAUAAAUUCUCUAAUAUCAUCAAUGUCUAGGUAGUUCUUUUUCUAUGUAUCAAAAUCAUUCAUAUAAUAUUUUCUUUGCUUAAAGAGCUUUAGGUUGCACUUCUGUAAAUAUAGACAAUGCAAUUUCCCAUAGGAACUCCUUUUACUGUAGCACUUUUACUAUGAAGUUUCUUAAAAAUUUAUAUCCUAGAAUGGAAAGCUCAUAUGCACUGCUAUUUUUUUCAAAGUCCAAAAUAUAGGGCUGUGCAGCAUAUUUUCAACAUUUAUAUUAUAGUAGGUAAACAAAACAAAAUAUCUAUGAAUAUUAUAUAUCUCCCCAAAAGAGGUGUGGUUUGUGAAACAGCUGUAAUUACAAAGUGCAACCUAUAAACAGAAAUCAUGAGAAUCAAAAAGUAACAAAUGUAGUACAUGUCUAAUGGUGUCUGUAGUUAGCUUUUAUUACAAUCAUAAAGUCAUUUGCUGUGACUUUAUCUAUAGAUAUGUAAAAAUCAUGAUAAUAGGACCAAACAUCUAAUGACAGGUUUAUACCCACCAUAUUGUACAGCUAUCUGGCUUUUCAGGGAAUAAGAUGAGUGUGAAAAGAAUUUGGUUGCUGAGAUCCGCAUGGAAUCUGAUAUGUCUUUGAAAUUUGUUACUACUGACAUCUAGUCUAAUCAUAUUGAUAUUAGUAAUGUUUUUUUUCUUCAAAUUUUUAGAAGGGUUAGAAUAAGAUGUCAACCCAUUUUGGAUUAGAAUUUGUAAAGAAAAGUUAAAUUUCUUUAAAAUUCAGUAAAUUGGAUUGGUAUUUUUGAAAAAUGACCAGGACAAGUACAUGCAAAAUAAAUCUUCUUGAGGUUCAAAAUCCAUAGUUUCCAAAGUUGCUACUUAUGUUAACGUAAACAACAUACUUGUCAACCUAAACUAUCGUCUUUCAAAAUCUGAAAAAGAAUGGGGUCACUCUAUCCCUAUUUAAUUUUAUAUUAUAGUAAAAGUGCUAACUUGCUGGGUAAACUCGUGCUAUUUUGUAUGAUGCAGAGGUGGGUUUAGAGGGUUUUUCAGGGGGCGCGGGUCCACCUUUUGUGGGAAAAGUUUGGUUGAUUAUAUAGGGAAUCACUGAAGCAUGACUGCAGCGGGCCUCCUCUUAGGCAGUCAGUGGGCCCCCCUUAAUGAAAAUUUCUGGAUCCGCCACUGUGAUGCAUGCUAAAUUAUAGUUCACUCUAUACCAUGUAAGACUU